AUAUAAAUACCAGGGCAGGCCAGUGCAUCAGGGAGCAGUGAGCAGAAAUUCUCAGAAUAGCUGGGCCUGCCUUCCAGGAGGAUGAGGAACUCGGCGACUGCCAUUUCGUUCUUUAUACUUGUGGCUGUCAUUGGAUCCCAGGCUGGGAUCAUACAUGAAACAAUACUAGGAGAGAGGAGUGAAAUUGGUCGCUUUGAACCUCCAGUAUUUCAUCAAGGCGUUCAUGGCUCUUCAGACUGCUGCUUCUCCUAUGUCUCACGGAUCCCGUGUUCAAGAUUUGUGUCCUAUUUUCCAACCAGUGGUGGAUGCAUCGAGCCAGGCAUCAUCUUUGUCGGCAGGAAGAGGAACCAGGUCUGUGCCAACCCCAGUGAUCCAAGAGUUCAGGAGUGCAUAAAACGCCUGAGGCUAACCAUAAGACCCGGGGACCAAGCCAUUGCUUGAGAAGGAGGGCAUGUAUUGCCAGCCACUUUCUUCUGCCUUCCCCAGUGACCACCUAGGAGGCUCUAAGCAUUUAUUUUUAUAGAUAUUUAAAGGAUGUAUCCUGCUGUUCUGGUUAAAAUGGCUCAUGUAGUCAACAGUAUUUAUAGGGACUCAGCUUGACAUGACUACAGCCAUCUUGAGUUGUAACCAUCAUGAUUGUCUUUGAGUAACUAUUGAGUUUUUCCUGCAUAGUUUCUCAGCAGAUUAUAAAUGGAUAAACUAUUAGAGCACUCUUUGGGGGCUUUGGAAUGUGUCUGGUUCUAAUACUAACUUAAGCCAGGUACAUCGAGCCAAGAUGAAGUCAAUUUUGCCCUAGCCCAUACAUAUGGCCAACUUUGUGGGGACCCAGCUGUUCUUCCUACCACCCUAGAGCAGUAAGCACCACCAAAAAAUAAAGUGCAUCUGUGUAGUCA